CGUGUUCAGGACUGGGAUUUUCUUUUAGCUUUAUUUAUGUAGCUUUCAUAUUUUAAGAAAACUAUAGAUCUUUGUCUUGACUGAGACAAAAAAAACUGUGUUGCAGACUUUGGGGGUGAGGUGGAUUUGCAGUGUUAGUAGCUUUUUGGUGAAUAAAUGAGUCUUUUGGCAUCCAUUCCAUGAAGGACAUCUAGGCAAUCCCUGCCCUUUCAGGGUUUGAAAAAUCUCUGUUGUGUUGGGUCUAAGACUAGAUUUGUGUACUCCUUUUGAUUAGGGAAAGUUUUUUUCAGAAGGCUCAGUAGACAUCUUACAUGACUUGAUGCGUGCUAAAAUAUUAAAAGCUGCUGCAUUUCCCCUGUGUGAUUAGGGUGUGAUAGCUGUGACUUUGGGCAGCAUGACGUUUCAGUGUGGCAGUGCUGGUAUGAGGACUACUCUUUCUACAAGCUUGGUAAGCAACUGUAUGGGUCAUUAUUAUUUUUGUUAGGUUGAGAAACAGGACCCUCCUUCUUACAAUUCCAUGGCUGGUUGUACUCACUAGACAGAAGAGUGAGCAAUGGAAAUUCUCUGCCUACACUACAAAUUUAAUCAAUUUUGGUCUGUAAAUGGAGGAAUGGACUUGUCAGGUUGGGCUGUGGGAGCACUGCGUAACGGAGUUUGCUCUGUCUGCUAACUCACAAGGCAUUGCCUCGGAUUCCUACCUCUAAGUGGAGGUAAAAGUAGUCAUCCUCACCUGUGUGUCCUUCUUAUUUCCUUUUACUGUCUUGCAGUGCCAUAUAAGCAAGCCAUGGGGGACUGGGAGCUUCAGCUUUUCAGCAGUUAUCGAGACAGCAAUGUAACGUGGCUAUUGGGACGUAGUACAGAGAGAACAGAGUGUCCCUGCAGGGACCACACGCUCUGGCUUGCUUCCCCUAGAGAGUACUUUAGGAGCAAUUUAGGGCACCCAUGUCAAGCUCCUGUUCUGAGCCGCCUUCUGCUGAAACACCUCUGCAUUCACAGACUAGAAAGCAGAAGCUGGCCGGUGAGGCGGGGAGCCCGAGACUGCAUGGUAUGACUGUCCCCAUCUCCUUCUUCAAACCAGGAGGAAGCGGGGAAAGACACAUUCAAAAUAAAAGCAGCUGCUGCCUUCAUCUUGCUGAUUUUCCCUAUGGCUUCCGACUUUGCUGGGGCAAGAGGCCUGGUAUUUGCUGGCCUUUCUUUUCCUAACAAGACUAAGAUUGCAGAAAUAGCAAGACGGGGCAGUGCUGUGGGGCAAGAAGGCAUGCAAGGGGAGUGAGGUGAUGGCAGGAGCAGCCCUCGGGGAGCAAGGGGAGCACAGCCUGCACCCCAAUGGGCUCUGGCAGGUUCCAGGGGAGUGGGGGGAGCACAGUCUGCACCCCAUGCAUCCAACCUGGUUUGAACACCUCCAGGGAUGGGGCACCCACAGCUUCCCUGUGCCAGUGUCUCACCACCCUCAUAGUGAAGAGUUUCUUCCUAAUGUCUAAUCUAAAUCUUCUUACCCCCAAUUUAAAGCCAUUACCCCCCAUCUUACUGUGGAAGUCUCAGGCUGGCUGCAGUUGCACAGAGAAAACCGCUGCAGCCUCCUCCAUAGUUUAGAAGAAGCCACUGGGAUUAUUUUUGCAUUAAAUCCAGAUGAGGAAAGGAAGUGUGGUUGUCUCUAGGGAGAGGGAAAAUUGCAAAAGUCAGACAGUUUACAGAAACAGAUGUGGGCUUGCACGCUACAUGUGUGGAACUGUUUGUGGGCUGGAUAGGGCUGUACCUCAGACCCCUGCACUGCCAAGCAGGGCUUGCCCUCCCUUCCAGCCCCUGCCUGGGCUCUUCUCUGCCUGCUCCGCAGCUCUGGCCAUCACCUCCUUGCUGCAGGCAGCCUGCCUGGUCGGCUGCUUCUUCCCUCUCGCUGCCAGCUCCAGGGUGUGCAGCCACUCCGUGUUCCCUAGAGCUGCAAAUAUCUCCUAACCUCUCCAGCAAAGACGCACAACAGUGGGCAAACAUGGAAGAAAUCUUGUUCCCUGAAUAGAGAGGAUGGUUGUUUUGGGAAUUAGUACCUGAUUUUUGGGAAAAAGAAUUUGUUCUCAGUGGUGUGACUGCUUUUAUGCUAGACUGUCUGAGAACAAGAGACGUGGGGGAAUUGAGUAACACUCAGAGCAGCUCCUAAGCACGCCUCCCUUUCAAGAAAGGGGAAGGAGGUUUUUGUAUUGCCCAGGAGGAAAGCACUUCCCAUACAUUGUCCUGACUGCCCAUUCUGCACUGGCGUCAUGGGAGGAAUUGUGGUAGGAAGUUAACACACCAAUUUCUGCUUAUCAGAUACUAAGAAAAAAGAUAAGGGUGUCCAUUUGUUUUGUCACACAGCAUACAUUGCUGACAACCCAAUCUCAAGAGGAAUAUCCCAGAGAAAUAGCUAAUCAGUAACCCGUACGCAGCAGGAAAGCAUGUAAAAGUAGUAAGAAGUAGUUCUGUGGUUAAGACUGCAGAAGUCUGCAGUUUCAGAGAGUGGAGGAAUUUCUGUGUGCUUUGGCUGCACAAGUGUAUAGGUUUAAUGUGUGGAACUGAGCUGUAUCAGUCUCGAAAAUGUAGAUGCCCACACACAAAUGUAGGCACCAAACCCAAAUUUCAUCAUCAUUUGCACAUUUGGAGUUCUCCAUUUUGGGCCUGAGAAGUCUGCGCUGCUCAGGCGUACCCAGGUCUGAGUCUCUCAGUGCCUUGCGCUCAGCACUGUUUGCACUCGGAAACUGCACAACCCAGGGCCAAAUCUGCUGGAGCAGGGAUAGCUGAAGGGCUGCUCAGUGGCCACCUGAGGAACAGAACAAGCCUGUCACUGAAGGCGGCUCCGUUUCCACAUUCAUGGGGGACAGAUCUGCUUUUUGCAGGACAGGUGGGUGCACUGCUUGGCCAACUCUCCUUGCUAGGUAUGCUGGCAGUGUUUGGGCUGGUACUGCCCCACACUUCCCAUUUGCCUCCUAAUGGCCCUUGCACGGCUCUGCCAGUGUAGCUGGCGGCCAGAAGUGGUUUCUAAUUGGCGUGCAGCCCAUGCCCACAGCAGUGGGGACCUGCAGCUGUGACUCUGGCUCCUCGCUAGCAGUACGCCACACCUCCCUCUGUGCUAGAGCUGUGUUGGCUCCUUUGGCAUGAGUUGAGGGCUGAGCUUUCUAACAUCCCCUGUAAUGCAGGAGGGUCCACAGACAGGGUAUGGCAUUUCAGGCAUACUCCUGCAUUUAGGCUUCUCCAUCAGGCAGCCUCACUAUGCCAGAACGCUUAUCUCACCCUCUGACAACCUCUAGCCUUCCCACAGGAUGUGUCAACAACGGGCCUCACAUUAGGUUUUGGAUUCUGUUUUAUCACCACAUGCUUCAGUUUGGGCCACUGCAAUACCAAAACUGAGGAUCAUUAGCUUGCUGAGGAACCAGUGCCUGAAUUCAUCAAGGCAAAGUAGUUAAUAAGGUGAGAUUACCAAAAUCCAUGUAGGAAAUGUUUUUGAAACUGCAUUUUCAUUUCCCCUUUCAGAUUUAGUUCUCUGACAAUGAGUAAUGCUGCAGAAGUUGCUGUGCCUGGUCUACUUCAGAAACUUUAGCAAUGCUCUCUGCCAUGCUGCGAGGAAGCUUCCCUUUCUCUGACCUGUCUAUUCCUCGGAAGGGAAUUCUUUCACCCCCAGGUUGAAAUGGGCCUGGGCAACCUACCUGAUUUCCUCUGUACUGCCCAGGAACCAGAGGGAAAGCAAAUAGCCACAUCCCUAUUUUCCCAACACGUGGCUGGCAUCUUGACUGCAUACAUUUUUCCUUUCUCUUUUUGAAAAUAUUAACAACAACAAAAAAUUAGGCUCUUUUUGAACUAAAUAAGCACACUUCUUGUGUGUUGUUCAUAUCUAUGGUGCAGUGCCUAGACAUAAGCAACAAUCAACUUUAUUUCGUAUAAUAUAAUCAUCAUCUAGGACAGGAGAAAUGCCUGUAGGGCUAAAUACAAUGGGUAUCGAGAGUGCCAUGAUUUACUUCUUGAGACUUGCACAUACCAUACUAUUUGAGACAGAUGAAAAUCAGAGCUGAGCAAAUCUAAGAACAAAAAGGAAAUUGGGCACGGGGGACAGGAAUAGCUUCCUUCCUAGAUCCCAAACCCCUUCCUGACAUCAGCAGCCUGCUGGUUUGUCCAAGUGAUAGGCAGUAGGAUGAGAGGAAAUGGCCUCACGUUGCAUCUAGGGAGGUUCAUAUUAGACAUCAGAAAAAAUUUCUUCACCAAAAGGGCUAUUGGGCACUGAAACAGGCUGCCCAGAGAGGUGGUGUAGUUACUAUUCCUGGAGGUAUUUAAAAGAUGGGUAGGUGAAGUGCUCAGAGAUAUGGUUUAGCAGUGGACAGGUACAGUUGGACUUGAUGACUUUUCAAUGAUUCUAUGAUUCUGUGGUAAGUGUGACAGAAAUCAGUGGUGUAAGAGACAAAUGUGACCUUUCAUUGUAAACCGGCCCAUGUCUUUACAUGUCAAAACCCUGGAUAAUGCUCUUUUACAUAAUUGGUCAAAGCCCUUAGUUACUUGAGGUUUAUGACUAUUUUUUGCUGUCAACUUACAUUUCAGUGCUGAAAUAAUUUGCAACCCUCCACUCCAACCCCAUAAAUAUUUUCCACAACAAAGUGUUUGUUUCUGAAAGUCCCAGAUAAUGACUCAUACUGAGUUUAAAAAAAAGAGAAGCAACGUAUUUUUGAAUGUAUUAACAAUAUUUUCUCACAGCCAGAUGAUCUCCUUCAUUGCACAGCAUGAAAAGUUGAAAAGGAGCAGAAAAACUAAAUAAAAAAGAAAAAAAAAAAAGGAGGACUGAUCAAGAGAAACAUGUUAGGCUGCAAUAUUACACCUAACUUUGGAAUUGCCUAUGUGUUGUGCAGAGAGUGUGGAGCUGAGGGUCUCUUUGUGGAAUUCAGGUCACUAGGAAGUGAAGUCACGGUGGAAGUGCUUGAAGCAUGUGCAUCCCUAAGAAAGGUCUCAACUUCUUAUUCAAAAAAAUCCCAAAAGAAUGGAAGAAGCAAAAAUAAAUGUGACAUUCAACUAUUGUUAGGAGGUUAUUGGGUCAAGAUGCUCCAGGAAGCGGAGUAGAGGGAAAUAAGUGGAAAUCAAGACUUGUUAUGACCUGUUUCUUAUUCUACAGUCUUAGUUUUUGCUGAACUCACUCACUUACUUCAAAAGUUGUUUAUGAUGUAUUUUACAGAUGGAUGCACUCUUUAUCCAAAAUGCAAACUGCUUAGCCAGAUGGCCUCACAUCUGGAUUAGUCUGCAGCUCAAAUGAGAAAAGAGUAGUUGCAUUUUUAAGCAGCUGCUAUCUGUAGCAGACCUAAAAUUGGUGAUGAUCGCUAAAGACAUUUAUAUCAACAUAAUUUGCAAAUGGUAUUUCUUUCUCUACUCCUGGCAAGCCUCAGUGUUCUGGUGGAAACUGUUCAGAAUGUUUGGGUGUCUGAUUAUCACAAUUGCAAUGGAAACUUAUUGCCUGGUUGCAUGCACUGGUAUUGGGAAACCCAAACCUGGCCAAAACCAGAAGAAUAGCUGUUUCAUUUGAAAAUUAAGUUACACAAGUUCUCACACAAACUGAGAAUGUGCUGAAGCCUGUUAUCCAAAGUCUUAUCUCAAUUUAAAAGGAAGAUUGAAGAUUUUAAGAAGAUGGUAUUAAAAAAUGCAUUCUAGUCUUCCUUACCUUCAUCCUUGUUGAUAGUUAGCUGAAUUUAAUUUCAUAAGAUAAGGAAACAACUUGAUUCCCCAGCCUAACUGUGCUGCACUAUUCUGCAGGCUUCAUAUCAGCAGGUUUUGAGUGUGUUUACACAGGUUAUGUUAAUUCAGCGGCUAUUUAUGGUUUUGGCCCAAACUGCCUUUCAUCUACACAUGAAUUAUCUUUUUGUUUCCUUUAUGCUUUAUCUUUUAAUUUAUUCUAUUGUGUUUUAAUAAUUCCUGGAAGUGGUAUGACUUUGUCUUGGAAUGCAUUGAACUGCCAUAAUGUUAAUGUGGACAAAUAUGUUAGCUUCUUCAGAGAGUUCCCAUCCUGCAAAGAACACAAAACUCAUGGCUUUAGAUCUGGAUCAGGCAGCUUGUUCCUUCUACUUCGUGGCUAGAGGUGGUCUGAAAUAGCUUCACUGAGCUCAAAAUAUUUUCAGAAAAGGACUUGGAUUCCAUUUUUCUGCCUUCAGGGCAGGCUUCAAGGCUGCUGGGGAACCCACUGCUUAUACCUCUGACUGGCAAGCAGAUAGCCCCUCGUGCUGAUGAUCUGGGACCUCUGCUUCAGGAGUAUGGGACUGGAAUACCCUCCCUGCCGUCUGAUUACCUGAUAUCCUAAGUGGACACCUCUAGUGCUCACAGCUCCUAGAGUAUAGACCACAGAGACCUGGCACCUGAAAUCCUGAAACUAUUAUCAGAGCUUUGCUUUCAGUGUUGUGGCAGGAAAGCUGAAAGUGAUGAGAGCCCAGCUAGUUCAAGUUGUUUGUGCUGGGAUGGACGGGAGUCUCCAUGCCUGUGGUCCCUCCUCCUCAGCCUCCUUGUGCUGACAGAACAGAGGAUGUGUAUACUAGUAAAAUGAUACUAGUCAUUCCUAAGCAGUGCUAGUGGGGAAUCCUCACUGAAUUAAGACAAACCCAAGUUUGAAUCAGCUCAAAAGUGCCUGCCUUCAAUUUUGCACAAGGUCAAUUAAAUAUGUAAACUGUUUUUUUAAAGGCAGAGUCAUCUUCCAUCUUGCAUAAAAAUAUGCCAAGUCUUGUUCAUGCUACUGGAGUGUGAGUCGAUUGUGGCACUGGUAGGCAGCAACUGAUCUGCUCCUUUUCUCCUGGCAUGUGUGAGAGCUGGUGGGCUGCGCUAUGCCCGUUAGCCGCUCUCGCAGAGAGGAGGCGGCUGCAGGAGCAGCAGUGCAAAGAGAAAGUUCUCUGUAGCGUGAAGGGUUUGCCCCCCUCCUCCCCCAUCAUCAAGGUUUUUACAUCUGCUCCCAUAGUCACCAAAGAGAGAAAGACAUAUACACUCAUAUACCAACCCACAACAAAACCCACACAGGCAGAGCGGAGGAGCUCUCACCAGGAAGUUGACUUACCCUAAACCACGCCGCUGUUUCUCAUCACACUACCUCUGGGUCUGCUGUCACUGUUGCCUCCGGAUGAGCUAGACCCAGUUGCCAGGACUAAUUUGGCCCCUGCGUGCAGUGUUCUCUGGUUACCUCUUGAUGGUUAUUUUUUUUUUUUCUCUCUCAAUAACAUAUUGUUCUAAUCCGCUGAAAAAGAAUUCCAUUUGAAAAGCCAAGAACAUAGAACACCACUUCUUUUUUGCUUCCCCGGUCUUGUCUAGAAUAGCUGACUUCCGCAACAUUUAUUUCCAACAGCCGCUUUCAGCUUCCUGCGUCUGAAACAUCUUUUGACUCACUGAAGAGUUAAAACCAACAGUACCACAGAGCUGUGUGGGAGAAAAGGGGAUUUUAGACUCAAGUGACAGAAUCAAGUCUUGAGAGGUAAAGAGACUUGGACAGUUUCUCACCAAAUGGAAGUUAUCUAGAAAGCCUCUGAGACUACUGCAUUUCUCCACCCUACUCCUGCUACUUGGACACGGUGCUUUUGGCCUUGAAGGUUAAUAAAAUGCUGGAUUCAAUCAAGUGCGUCCUGGUGGGAGACUCAGCUGUGGGGAAAACAUCUCUUUUGGUACGUUUCACCUCCGAGACUUUUCCAGAUGACUACAGACCCACUGUAUAUGAAAACACCGGAGUGGAUGUCUUCAUGGAUGGUGUACAGAUUAGCCUAGGUCUUUGGGACACAUCUGGCAGUGACGCCUUCAAAGGCAUUCGCCCCCUCUCCUACCAACAGGCAGAUGUGGUAUUAAUGUGUUACUCGGUGGCAAACCACAAUUCCUUUCUGAACCUGAGGAACAAAUGGAUUGGUGAAAUCCGCAGCCAUUUGCCCCGCAUCCCUGUUUUGGUAGUGGCCACUCAGACAGACCAGCGUGACAUAGGGCCCUACCGUUCCUCCUGCAUCAGCCCAAUAGAUGGGAAGCGGCUUGCCCAGGAUGUGCGAGCCAAAGGCUACUUGGAGUGCUCUGCCCUCAGCAACCGGGGGGUGCAGCAGGUGUUUGAGUACGCUGUGCGGACAGCAGUCAAUCAAGCCAAAAGGCAGAACAGACGGAAGCUCUUCUCCAUUAAUGAGUGCAAGAUCUUUUGAGGACUGUCAGCAGUGGUUUUGCCUGCAUUCGUUCUUUCUGUCUUCUCACUAAUGUACUGCGACAGAGAGAAUGGGAGGUGAAUCAAAGGAGGACUCCCGGCAGGACCACGGUGCAGGUGCCCCAAGUGAGACAGAUGUGCACUCUAUCGGAUAUGCUUCCCCUCAGCGCAUAUGGGCACUAUCUUGAAAAGCAAAAGGUGCAAGUAUAUGCCCUUAUUCACAAGCCUGUGUUUGGACUUCGCUAGCCUGGACUGGAGCGGGCCCAGCCUGGAGAUCUGCAGAUAAUAGCUGUGCUGAUUUUUCAGUUGUUUCUGUUGAUGUUCCUCAGUUGUUUGUCUGUCUGCAUUUAUUUAAUGACAAACUUCUGUCUGGAUCAACCCUCACCUCUUGACAUGUCUGUCCAUGUGAAUUUAGUGCAUAAAAUCUGACCACUGUAUAUUCUAUUUAAAAGUCUCUCAUAUACAUUGCUGUAAAAAUACUGACAGUUUGUUUUCAUAGUUUCAAAGUCCUUCUUUUAGCCAACCACAGAAGUGAAUUGUCUUGUCGAUAUAAUAAAUGGCCUGCAGGCAAGCCAAGCACUUCUUAGACAUGCCUGAGUCACUGUCUGAUAGUAAUUAAAUCCAGUACGUCCAGCAUAAGAGUAAUCAAACUUAGUGACAUUUGACAGCUGUGCUGUGGCUUUGUGAGAUAUAUUUUCUUAUCUUAGUCUUGUUCCUCAGCACUGUGUUCAGUAACAAACCAGGAGGGAACUCGCCUGAUUCUUUUUCAGUCUUCACCUGGUUACAACCCCAGAAGGGCUGGCUUACAGUCAGGGUUGGUUUAGAUAUAUGGUUGGGGUGUCAGAGGCAAAUCUGUGCUAUCAUCACCUCUGUUGUCCCUGCUGUAAUUCUGGAGGCAAAAGAUUUCAGUCUCUAGGGAUGAAAGGUAUUUUUUUCACGAGCACUAAAAUUCUCACAUAUUUUCAGUAAACUUCUUUUUGAAACAAUGGUUUUAGUGAAGCCAGUAACCUACUAUGGUAAAAAAUUAAGUGCAUGGCAUUGUUGAAUGUGCAUAUUUAGAAUGGUUAAAUAAUUUUUUUUUUUUGAGUUUGCACUCUAAGUGUAGCUGCCUGGGUUGUAUCAAAAUAAGACUGAAAGAGGCUUUGUGUCCUGGGGGAGCCUGGAAAAUCUAAGAGUUAAAUCCUGAUGUACCUACUCAUACCGUGACAUCAGGCCAAGUUACCCUCCUGCACAGACAGCCAAGCUAAGGAGGUGGAAACACCACAUGUGUAAGAGAACUCUGCUAGAAGAUGGAGUGGGGUCAACAUGCAAUGCUGUAUGUUCCUUGUGAGUUGUGGUUUUCCCUUCCUCCUCAGGUUACCUGAUCCCUCUGCCCCACAUCAUCUUUCAGGUCUUGCAGAUCUGUUUCAUCCCAAGGUUUCUGCUCUCCACAGAGGAAAUCCCCUGGGGGAUUUCUUAGUGCAGCAUGAUGUGUUUUCUCCUUUUCCCUGUCAUUCAUCUAACUCGGAACUGACCUUUGAGGGGCUUAUAGCAUGCUGCCAUAAAAGAUAGCAUAUAGCACAGUAGGAUGAUUCUGUCUCCACAUGAAUCCCAAAACAAUGACCUGUAUCUGCUUUGACUGAGCCCAGGCUCUUGUGUUUCAACAGGAAUGGAUGCAGUGGCUUGUCUCAUUCAAAAACAGGGUGGGACUUCAGGAGUUACCGUACUAAGCAAAUAAGCUAUAGCUCAGACCUUAUGUAAGUUUGACACCGAGGAACUGAUUGGCUGCUCUCCUCCAUAUUCUGUUCUACCUCUGAGCUUCUCUAUUAAAAGAAAUCCAAAUUAAAUCAUUUCCCCUCUGAUGAAUCCCAGGGAUGAUCUCACCUCUGAUAUAGGUCAAGUAUUUGCGUUGCAGGCACCGUAGGUAGCAGUAGUGCACAGGAUACUUGACAUUGUGAUCAUCCUGCCGGCUCCCAGUCUGGUGAAUAUUUACCACUCAUGAAUCUGAUUGUAAAGGAAGCUUCUAAAGACAAAAAUGUACUGGUCUCAUGUAAGGUUUUUGUAUCAGCUUUAAACCUUUAUAAGCUUCAGCACUUGAACACACAAGAUGGCGACUCCCGUUAUUGCCUGUCUUUCCUGUACUCUUCUCUUUCCUACUUCUCUUUCUGUACAGGUGUUGAUCGUAAAUGCUUUGGCCCCUGAAACACUAAAUCUGACAUGUUUGUCAAAGAACCUGAAUGCCACAAUACUUGUGCAGAAAUACAUAAGUGGCUAGGUAUUUGUAGUCAGUUGCAAACCUUUUGGCUUGUGGAAGAAAUGUGUUUCUCCAUCUCAACUCUUGUAAUGCCUUUUCACUGAAAGUUUUUAUUUUUGUAACCCUAAUUUUAAAGUAGCCAUUGUUACUGUUUGAACAUUAAAGAUUACAUGCAAAAUGUCAUACUGUGAAUCUUCAACUCUGUUGUAAUUGUGAGCAUUUUUGCUAUAAUCCCCACUCCACUAACGGAUUUAAUACCUGGUUUCAACAUUUUUUGAGACAUAUUUUUGCCAGCCUGUUCUUUUAAACAGUCUUUUUCCUCUGUGGGUUAAGCUUUGUUUACAACAGUUCGUGCUGCUGCUUUUAUGAGUUGAAGAGCAGUAACUGCCAGGCUGGGAUGCUGUGUUGUAGUAUCUGCUGUGGGAUGACAGAUUCAGAGACCAGAAAGCUCCAAAGAGUUGUUGUAUCACACAAAGCCAGAUGAAGACAUGUUCCAGAAUCACAACAUAACUGAAAAUCCCACCUCAUCCGUAUUUGCUUCACAAGGCUUGUCAUGGUGUAUUAUAAAACGAAGAAUUCAAGGUUUGCUUGCAAUUAAUGGAAGCAAAAUAAGUAGGCUUCCAUGAGAUGACUGAGCUAACGAUACAGGAUACACAGGGAAUUUAGACAUGGCUUGACAUACCCUUGAUUGUGCAUCCUAGAGCCAGCAAGAAGCCACCAAAAGCUAGCUGAUGUUUAAGAUCAAAUUGGAGAGACGAUAAAGUUACAGGGAUUUUUGCUUGCUGCUAUGUGAAAAAAGAAUGGUUCCACUUUUCACAGCCUGGUUAUUUUCAGACUCUGAAAGCUAAAAGGCACUUUUCAUUGGGAACAAACUGUGAAGCACAUUGUUAUAGUGUCUAAUUAUGCAGCUUUCCCUGAGCUAUAGAACAGAUGUGCUCAAAAGGUGUGGCCACUCAAAUGCAGAGAGUGAAAUCUGGAUGUAGCAGAACUCAGCAGAAGAUUUGGCCAAAUGGCUUAGUGGGAUAAGGUUUGUACAACAGCAGCCCUGCUGCACACAGCCUGAAAGGCAAGGAACCGCUGAGGUCUCUCAUGAAACCCUACCAAACUGUUUUUGCUAGUGUUACUUGGGCAACAGGGUCCCUGGGUAUAGCUCAGUGGUAAAACUCUGUCUCUAAUAUUCAAAAUACAUUCAAAUGACAGCUGGGAACACAUUAAGUUUCAGCUUCUUUGGUCUUAAAAACAGCGGGUUCAGGGAGACCAAAAAAAAUGUGCAGCCUCGCCUCAGUCGGGUCGAGCUGUUAAGCUAAGGGAAGAGACUUUGCCCAAAUGUUCCCUUUCUUUCAAACUAAUCCUUUUCAGUCUGUUACUCCAUUGCUAAUUUUACUUUCUCUUGCUCUUAAAAAAGGUUAAAAGUUGAAAAACAGAAAUAUCUGGAACUUAAAAUGAGAACAGCAAUAGCACUAUUAUUUUCAUCACUGUCUUGCAUCUUAUUUUUCCAUCUUGACAGAAAAAGUCAUUUUGGCUCACUAAUUGUUUAACUGAAUUCUACAAGUCGGAUAAAAUAUGAAUAGAUAUGCAAUUGUGAAUUAAAUCAGAAGCUAUACUUUUAGCAGAAAAAAAAGUAUUUUCCUUUAGUGACUUGCAAAAUGUGAUGAGUACAUUAUAUUAUUUUAAAUACAGAUUUCCCCUCCCUUUUAAACUUACUUCGUCUGUAGUAUACAGUAUCGAUAUUUUCUAAGACUAAAUGAUAAAUAUAUGUUUCAGAUACUCUCCUCUCCACUUUUCACAUGGGAAGUUAUUCAGUCUUGUUAGAUAUAAUUGAUAUUUUUUCUGAUAUUUGCAAUUAACAGUUUGCAAAUAUUUCUGUGAUUGUUAUGGGUACUCUGCAAUUGUUGAGGUGUCUGAACACAUACUAGCUAAUGCUUGUAUUGACAAAGAAAAGACAUUUAAAGCAAUCUUUUUAUACGUGGCACCACAAUGAAAUAAAUCACUACAGGAAUCAGACAUGAAAAAAAAAAAUGUCAGCACCUGACCUGUCA